AUGGUAGUUUCUUCAGUUAUAAUUGAAAAGACUAUAUUUGAAGAAAAUUGUGGUGUACCUGGUAUCAAAUUAAUUAACACCGAGUAUAAUGUUACAUUUAUAGUGUUAGAACUAUUAAAAGAUUUGCCAUCAGCUUGUGUACAUUUUGCAUGUACAAAUACAAGAAAUUUGGAAAAAGCAAUAGUACAUUACGUUGAAAAAAAAAACUUCCCAUGUCGAAAACCUUCUUGUGAUAGACAAGCUUCCACAAAAAAGAAUUUGCAUGAUCAUUUAUUCAUAGAAGCUGACCAAGUAGACGACAUAUGCAAUAUGUUCUUCCAAAGUAGCAAUUUGACGAAACAUCGACGCACACACACUGGUGAAAAACCGUACUCGUGUGAUGUAUGCAACAAGUCAUAG